AUGAAGUAUAUUCCUCUAGAACUUUUGAGGUUACUCGCUGAGCAGCGACUACCACUAAAGACUCUCACUGCCCUAUGUUUGACAUCCAAGACUUUCAAUGAAAUUUUCAGACCUGUGCUUUACCGUAAGAUUGUUCUACCAGAUGGCAAGAGUCGUUAUUGGAAGUAUCAACAGUUGCGGGUUAUCUCCCAACUUCCUAUCGAAACCCAUCUCCGUCAUACACGUAGCUUCGACCCGGAUUUUGUUGGAGAAGCUAUUCGAGCUUGCCUUCUCAUGUGUCUGCGGAAUAUGCUAAAUCUCGAGGAUUGUUCUAUUUGCACGCUUCCAGCCUUCGCAGGUUCUUUUCACGUUAAUAAAAUUACAGAUGUCUGCGUUGAAUAUUUGAGGAGUGAACAUCCUAUGCACCAUCAACUUGACUGGCCGGAUGUUCCAAGUUUCAGAAAUUUACGUAGCCUAGAUUUGAGGAAUCUGAAGGGUGACCUGAGUAUUCUAGGCUCAACUAUCGCUAAAAUUCUUUUUAACGAUGGAAGGCCUGCUAUUACCGCCCUAGGUCUUGGUGUAGAUCUGGCUAUCGAAACCGAAGAGAACUUAUUCAGGAAUAUUGCCGCAGAGUUUGACGAUUUGAAAAGAGCAAACAGGACACCAGACCUCCGAUUAAGUUUACAAAAUCUUAUACUGGGAGAUGGUAUGUACAGUUGGAGCUCUGUCACGCACGAUGGGGAAUGGCGACUAUCAAAACUUUCGGAUAUGUCAAAGCUUCGGACGUUACGAUUGUUGAACGGCCAAAUUGAUAAACAUAUUGAUGUGAAGAUAUUUGAUGGCAUUACUGCUCUGGAAAAGCUUUCGGUGGAGCUUUGUAAUGGAAGUGUUAUGCAGUUACUUCUUUAUCUAAACACCAUAGAAAACUCUUCUAUCAAAACGACCCUGCGAGAGUUUCAAGCAGGCAAUAUCGACAUACCGGAUGCAAACAGCCCAGUUGUCGAUGGUCAACAUGUAUCUCUGCUUAUUAACAAUGAUUUCUUCAAGUGGCGUCAAUUACUCAUUGCUGGUAAUGCAACCAAUAACGAGGAACUCUUCGAAUGGCCUUGGCAAGGGUCUCCAUACCAGUGGGAGGAGUUGGGAAUUGAGCACCUUGACUGGGAUCUUCGCCGCGAUACGCUUCUAUCGCUCUCGAACCUUCGUAUCCUGAUGUGCAUUCGUGCCACGGCAACCAUUGGCGACGGCAAGCAUGCACAAGAGAUACUGGACAACGAAGGCGCCUCUAAUCUCGCCAAGACCAUAUUCACGGCUUUCCGAGAGCAUGCAAAGAAGCAGGGAAGAAUCUCAAAGUUAAGAUAUGUUGGGCUCAAGGGAUGGAUUUUUACUUACUUGUGGCUUCCUAAUUCUGGGCUAAAUGGUGGGAGGACCAAGGCCGAAGUUGUGCAGCUUGAUGAUGACGAAGCCAUGACUUUUGAUUUUAUUCGCAUGAAUGAGAAACUGACGAUAGUGAAGUAUAGACUCGGUGGACGUUGA